AUGUUAAUUCUUGUGGGCUACAGUACGACGCCAGAUGGACGGAAAAAGGUCCAUGUGGGCUACGAUACGACUCUAGCUGGGCGUAGACAGGUCCCUGGGGGCUACAGGACGACUCUAGCUGGAGGUAGACAGGUCCAUGUGGGCUACGGUACGACUCUAGCUGGGCGUAGACAGGUCCCUGGGGGCUACAGGACGACUCCAGAUGGACAGAAACAGGUCCCUGUGGGCUACAGUACGACUCUAGCUGGACGUAGACAGGUCCCUGUGGGCUACAGUACGACUCCAGAUGGACGUAAACAUGUUCCUGUGGGCUACAGUACGACUCUAGCUGGAGGUAAACAGUUCCAUGUGGGCUACAGUACGACUCCAGAUGGACGUAAACAGGUCCCUGUGGGCUACAGUACGACUCGAGCUGGACGUAUACAGGUCCCUGUGGGCUACAGUACGACUCUAGCUGGAGGUAAACAGUUCCCUGUGGGCUACAGUACGACUCCAGAUGGGACGUAA